UUAAUUCUGAUUGUAAACCUACGACCGGUAAGAGGCGCUCGUUAGCUUAACGAUCAAGAUGGCGGCCAUUGGCAUUCUGAAUUUACACAAAAGGAGAAAUGCUGUUGAUAGGAUUUACCGAGAGCGAUUAACGCUAACUAACCUGAGAGAUACUGAUAUUGAGAGCAGGUAUCGUCUCGAUAGAGAAAGUAUCGUGUAUUUAAUGCGUUUGAUAGGAGGUGACAUAAGAAAGUCAGGAAGAGGCAGGAGUAUCGACCCCGAAACACAGGUGCUAGUAACUCUACGAUACAUGGCAAAGGGAGAUUUUUAUUCCGAGACAGGCGACGUUCAUGGGGUCUCGCGAUCUAGUGUGUGUAGAAUUAUUCAUAAUGUUGUGACAAGCAUAAACAAACGGCUACACAAUAUAAGAUUUCCAAGAACCAAUGAAGAUAUUCUUCAUACAAAGGUCAUGUUUCAGCGCAGCUGUGGACUGCCCAACUGCCUUGGGGCCGUUGAUGGCACUUUAGUGCCAAUCAUCGCCCCAAAACAAAAUGAAGAGGCCUUUGUUUCAAGGACGGGAUGCCAUGCAUUAAAUGUACAAGCCGUAGCAGAUGCUGACAUGCGUUUCACGGAUGUAGUUUGUCGAUGGACAGGCGCUUCACACGAUGAAAUGGUGUUUGAUAAUUGUGGAUUGAAGGAGCAUCUUGAGGCAACAAACAUCGGCUACCUAUUAGGAGACAGUGGAUACCCAUUGAAACCGUUUUUGAUGACACCGUACCUACAUCCAGGAUCUCCUGCAGAGGAACGCUUCAACAAGGCCCAUAAAAGGGGCCGAGUAGUAGUUGAGCGCUCGUUUGGCGUGCUGAAGGCAAGAUUUCGAUGUCUCAGCAAGAGCGGUGGGUGUCUGCCAUUCGCCCCAGAGAAGUCGGCAAAUAUAAUAUUGUGUUGUUUCAAGCUGCACAAUCUGUGCUUGGAAAGAGGGCUGCCUCUUCCGGACAUUUCAUCAGACAAUGAUGACAGCCAAACGCCUGGUGAAUUCAUAAAUGAAUGUGGAAGAGGAGGAAUACAAAGGCGAAAUGAACUCACCCAACUUUUCUCGAGAUAACAUUUUUUUUAAAAAUGUCAACAUUUUUUUAAAAAUGUCAACAUUUUUUUAAAAAUGUUUUUGGUAACUGCUUAUUACAUAUUAUGCUACUCCUUGUUUGGCAAAGCAAAACCAUUCAUAUAUCUCAAAGUUUGCUUAUUUUCCAGUGUCACAACCUUAACUUAUAUAGAUACUUGAAAGCUUUAUACCUUUUGUUCACUUUUUCACAACAACAAAGUAGUUUAGUGGACUGUAUUUACAUACGUUCAUCAGUCAAUUAUGAUUUCAAAUAUUAAUAUUUACAAUAAUGAACACUUCUGAAGGAACAACUGUUAAUGACUUUUCUAUAAAAUGUUAACAAUAAUUGCAAUAAAAAACAAGAUAACACACAUAAUUAACAUCUAGGUACAUAAAGAUAAACUUUUUAAUUACAUUAACCAAAUAUAUCACCGACUGAUUGAGUUUUGGCCCAUAUUCAUUAAGAAAUUUAGUGUAAGUUAAAUACUCUGAUUUAAUUCAGUUUUAAUAAUGUUAAUACAAGAAAAGAAAUGAUAAAAAAUGCAUCUGUACAAGAUAAUCUGUUGUACUGUAAAGAGAUAUUCGUUCAAAAUGUUUUACAUUACAGUUAUUUUGAAUAAUAAAAAAAAAAAUCAGCAUUCAGAGCUUUAUUAGUUUUAAACUUGAGACAUGGGUGCAUAUGGACCCUGAAUGAGACAGACUAACAUGAAUUAUUGUCAGAAUAAAGUUUGAGUGUUUAUAUGUAAACAAAAGAGUCAUCAUUAGUCAACAAAUGCGACUCCUUUAAAAUUCUCAUUUUCUCCUGUUUUAUUGCCAGCAUGGCGUCCAUUUUCGAUUUCAAUUCUUUCAGCAGUUCAUUUCUAUGCUUGCUCUCUUGCAAGAUGUCCCUCUCAACAUCCAUAAGUUCUGCACUGCAGGUACAUGCAGCUACAAAUAAACAGAAUUGCACACUAGAUGAAACAGUUUUGACUCUGUGUAUAAUCAUACAAUCAAAUUCCCUGUUAUAUGCACAACGUUUGGAAAUGACUUACAAACAGUAAUUACAAUUAAGAAUGGAAUUACAACUAACCAUUCUGAUGAUUACAGAACAAGUUCAUUUUUAAUAAGUUAUGGUUCGAAAAUUUAACCCUGACGAUGACUCACAAAUUGUUUAAGGUAUUCAAAUGAUGUUCUUGUAUGAGUAGUUAAAAUAUUUAAAAGUAAAUAUGAUACCUCUUUGCCUUUUUCUCACAAUGUUAUUCUCUGUAAAAGAAAGUUUCAAAUCGGGUUAUUAUAAAAAUGUGAGAAAAAGAUGUUUUGUGACCCAAAUAAUUAGCUUCUUAUAAUAAUGGAAAUAAACAGUGUUUUGGUGAUUUUCAGCUCGACUUUCGAAGAAAAAUGGGGGCUAUACUACUCGCCCCAGCGUCGGCGUCCAGUUAAAGGUUUAGGGAAAGUUGGGAUUUUUACUUAUAAGUCUAAUACCCUUCAUUCAAUUGACUUUAUACUUCACACAGUUGUUCAGGGCCAUCACAUAAUGAGGUUAGAUAACUCAAUAGUAUUCUUUACAAAGAUUACGGCCCCUGAUUGACUAUGGAACUUAGUUUAAAGUUUUAGGGUAGGUUGGGAUAUUUAUUAAUAAUUUCUAUACCCUUGGUUCAAUUGACUUAAUAUUUCACACUGUUGUUCAGGACCAUCACACAAUGAGGUUACAUAACUUCAUAUCCUUAAUACAAGUUAUGGCCCCUGAUUGGCUUAGAAUAAAGUUUUAGGCAAGUUAAAGUUAGGGCAAGUUGGGAUUUUAAUAAAAAAACUUAUAUACCUUUCAUUCAAUGAACAUAAUAAAAUUCAGAAUUAUUUCCGACCAUCUUACAAGGAACAUAUGUCCAUUUUAGUCCUUACUACAAAUUAUGGCCCUUGAUAUUUUAAUUUACUUUUUUUUUUUUUUCUUUUGAAAGGCACAUUUUUAUAUUCUUAACCACAUUUUCAUAAAGGGAAACCAAGUUAUUUUAAUGACUUGCUUCAUUGUUCAGGCGGGCUGGUGUGAUGUCAGCAUCAAAGUCACCUUAUGUAUCUAAUAAUUUUAGUAAGGUUUGACAUGAAGAGACCAAACUUGGUAAUAUUACAUUAUUUUAUUCACUUUUAAGUCAAAGCGGCGUAGUCGAGCGCGCUGUCUUACAACAGCUCUUGUUUAUUAUAUUCUUAACAAAAUGCAAUUAAUUGUUAUAGGUUAAUCAAACUUCUAACAAAAAUACCUACCUUUCCGUUUCACCUCCAUCUUCCUUUUCACGGGAGGAGCUUCCACACAUGCUAGAUAUUAAGAACAAAUGUAUUAAUUACAUUUCAGCAUAUAUUUCCCUGAUAUGUAUAAAAAAUUGAGAAAAACAGUUGCAUUAAGCACAUUCUUACACAUGUGACUAUGUGAAUCAUCAUUUACUGUUGUAACUUGCCCAUGUGACUUUGUGAUUUUAAUAUACUGAUGUACUUCUUUUGUUCAAAGAUCUUUAUUGGAGAUAAAUAGCACUUAUAUGUGAAAUGUAUAUAAAGUUGUGUUUGAAUUCUGCCAUGGUUAUUUAUUGUUAAAAGUCUUUGUUAUCUAAGUUAUUGAUACAUACACAUAGACACUUCAUCAUUUGGUGUUCUGUCUGGCAUUGUACUGGUACUGGGUGUGACUUGAAUAAGGUGUCAUCAUAAGUUACAAGUAAUAAAUUACCCAAACAUAAAGGAUUAUAUACAUUGCUAAUUGUUUCCAGUUAAAACAAAACAAUGUGUGGGAGCUCAUGAUAAUGAUUAUAUAGUAUGUCAUGAAGCCCAUCUCUAAAUGCACUGUACAAUUUUUUUUAAAUAUUAACUGAAAGUAAUAUGACUCAAUGCAAUAAAGUAAAAUCACUAUAUAUUGGGGGUAUCAAAUACUGUUAUGACAAAUUGUUAACAUUUGGUUUAACUAGUUUCAUACCAGAUUUAUCAGUUUCAUACGAACGGGACUGCACACUGGACUUUUCAAUAUUUUCGGUCAACAGCUUGUCUAGGUAUAUCUCUGCUUCUGAAAUUCAAAAGUAAUAUAAAAAAAUUCUUGAAAUAUAUUUAAGUGUUUUAUGCAUGUUAAUAAGUGAAAUAAAAAUGAUAUUUUACUGAUUUAAACAGUGAAAUGUUACCAAAAACAUAUGUAAUUCAACCUUUGUGUGUACUAAGUGCAAGUCAAAAACAUAGUGUAUUAUUGAUUUGAGAAGAGAAUGAAUUUUUGUAAUAAUUAUAAAAAAAAACACGUAUAGGAAAACAUUUUGUGCUGCAGAAAUGAAUAAUUUCAUUGAAUAUUUGCUUAUCUUUUGAGUUAAAGUUAUACCUGUACGAACCAGAAGAUCUGGUUUUGCUGUGGAACGCUGUGUUGUAUCUGCAAAUGAAAAUAUGUACAUGUAUUUUGUUAACAUCUUUAGUAUAUUCCCUGUAUUGUUUGAAUUCCAUAUGUCAUUGUACUUAUAACAAUACGUUAUUUAUCCCUUAUACAUGUACAUAAAAUAUGCACUAUCAAAAGAGUGGUAUAUGGAUGUGUUAUAAUUCAUGGUUUUUAUUGCUAUUUAUACUCAGAAUAACACAGAAAAAUGUGAUUAAGAUAGUGAAUGUAAACAGUGAUUUUUUUUUGAAAUAAUGUCCACUGCCUGUGUCUUGCAUAUUUGGAGAAAAAAUCAUCAUUGGGAAAUUUAACAAUAUCAGGCCAAAAUAACUCAUGUAACUACAAGUAUAUUAAUUUUGUUUUUACUAUUUCAUGGAUACACUUUGCUCUAAAAGAGUAUGUCUGGUCAAUAAUGUGUUUAUUUUUCAGGACAUUAAUUGUAUUUUUAUUCAUUAAAGUAAUAUGUAUUUAUCAAAUUGGCAAACAGUUAUAAUUUUGGACAAUUUUUUACAAGGAAAAGGCAGUUAAUUGCACCGAAAAAAUCACUGGUAAAACAAAGAAAUUAUUUCCCAAAAUGCAUUAUUAGCUAUACCUCUGAAAGUGUCAUUCUCCGUUGGAGUGGUCAGCCCAUAUACACUUUCUCUGGGAAUGACUGAUGCAAUCUACAAAGUGACAAACGAUUUAGACAUUAUUAUGUUAGUUUGUAUAAUCAGGACUUUAAACUGUCGUAGCAACAAUGCUUAAUGUACCAGUUGGCAUCAUCAUUAAUAAAUUCUGUU